AUGACCCUGUCCGGCGCAGGCGGCGGAGACAUGUCCGGGCACACGACGCUCGCGCCUGACGACGUGGACAUCGACGUGGUCGGAGAGGGCGACGACUGCGACUGCGACGACAGCAUCGGCGUCGGCAGCGGGCUGGAACGCGAGGACAGCGACUGCGAGGGCGCGCGGGCGGCACGCGGCGUGCUCGGCGACGAUGAUGAUGAGAUGGAGGACGCGGUCGGGGAGGAGGACGCCGACGUGAAGGAGCGCAGGAACGGCGGUGAGUGCAAAGGCGACGGCGAGGAGGAGAGCGGAGGAGGAGGAAGCGGUGGCGGCGGCGGCUCGUGCGCUCAGGCGCCCUCCUCCAAGCCCAAGAGCGCGCUGGUGAAGCCGCCGUACUCGUACAUCGCGCUCAUCACCAUGGCCAUCCUGCAGAGCCCGCAGAAGAAGCUGACGCUGAGCGGCAUUUGCGAGUUCAUUAGCAACCGCUUCCCGUACUACCGCGAGAAGUUCCCCGCCUGGCAGAACUCAAUCCGCCACAACCUGUCGCUCAACGACUGCUUCGUCAAAAUCCCGCGCGAGCCGGGCAACCCGGGCAAGGGCAACUACUGGACGCUGGACCCGCAGUCCGAGGACAUGUUCGACAACGGCAGCUUCCUGCGCCGCCGCAAGCGCUUCAAGCGCCAGCCGGACGUCCUGCGCGACCAGGCGGCGCUGGUCAUGCACGGCUUCGGCGCCGCGUACGGCCCGUACGCGCGCCCUUACGGCGGCGUGCACCCAGCGGCCGCGGUGGCGUACGCGCACGCGCAGGCGCACGCGCACGCCGCAGCCCUCCAGUACCCUUACGUGACGCCCGCCGUGGGCCACGUGCUGCCGCCCGCCGUGCCCCUGUUACCCUCUGCGGCCGAGCUGAGCAGGAAGGCGUUCGGGGCGCAGCUGGCGCAGCUCGCGCCCGGGCUCCAGCUGCAGCUGGGCGGCUUGGGCAGCGCCGGCACGGGAGUCACGGCGGCCACGACGCACGCGCCUGUCACACCCGCCAUCAAGCGCGAGCCCACGUGCCCGCGACCCUCCUUCACCAUCGAGAACAUCAUCGCCGGAAACAACACCAGCAGCAGCAACACCAGCUGCAGCCCGGCCUUUCUUCGGUCCCCGGUCCUGACCGCGCCGUCGCUGGCGCUCGCGCGGACGUCGCCCGUGCUCAGCGCGCCCACCACACUCGUCCCGGGACAGUUUCUGACCGCGGCCAGCACGGUGGCACCGUCCAAAUGGGCAUCGCAGUGAAAAAGACACUAAAAAAAUACAAACUGUUGUUUUUUUUAUACUUGUAAUAUUUAAAGGAGGGAGGGCAGAGACUGUAGCACUGGAGCGGCCGCCGCACUGUAGCCAUGUACAGAGACUAAAAGAGACUGAAAAACAGAGACAAAUACGCAGAAUGGAGGGAUGAUGAUUUCAGCACAGGUAAAAUCUGUAAAUAUUUGUAUAAAAGAAAUGAAACGUACUUGUUCCACUAUUUUUGUUGAAUCUCUUUAUUUUGCUUUAUUUUAUUCUCUAUUUUUUGUUAUUUCAUCUGCUGUUCUUUAAAUGUUAUC